GGAAGUGUCAUCGGUCACGACAAAGCAGACGCAUGAGUGAGCUUCCAGACGAUAUUAAAUAAUAAAUAAGGGGGUAAAACGUGAAUAUCCUCUACGUUAUGACUUCUUCUGUUAUUUAUAAGUCCUCUGUGGCAGCUAUGAGCUUUACAAAACUAACUCUAGAGGGAGAAAAUUAGUCAUGAUGAGAGGCUACGUGUGAAAAUGUUAAAAGCCAGCGUGUCUCAUGUGCUCAGACGUCUUGUGGUGUGUUAUCGUGAUGGAGCCAAGGCGAGAGGUGUAGCCGUGGCGAGCGAGGGGAGGGCCGAGCCGAGGCUGGAGGCUCACAGGGCGGAGGAGGAAGUUCUCACAGGCGAGGGAAAAACAGAAGAACAACAGUACGUUCAGUUCGGACGAACCGGGGGAACCAGAACUCGCAAAAAAAUGCCUCCAAAGAAAAUCUGCAUCGUCGGAUCUGGAAACUGGGGAUCUUCCAUUGCCAAAAUAAUCGGCCACAAUGUCAAAGCGUCCAACCGGUUUGACCCGUACGUCAACAUGUGGGUUUACGAGGAGCUGAUCGACGGGAAGAAGCUGACGGAGAUCAUUAAUACGGAGCACGAAAACGUCAAAUAUCUGCCCGGGCACAAGCUGCCCAGGAACGUGGUCGCCGUUCCAGAGAUCACAGAGGCCGUCAAGGGAGCAAAGAUCCUCGUCUUCGUGAUCCCGCACCAGUUCAUCGCCAAACUGUGCGAUCAGAUAAAACCCCACAUCACGGAAGGAACCAUCGGGAUAUCGCUCAUCAAAGGUAUCGAUGAGGGACCAGAUGGACUGAAGCUCAUCUCAGACAUCAUCCGGGAGAAGCUGGAGAUCGAGGUCAGCGUCCUGAUGGGGGCCAACAUCGCCAACGAGGUGGCGGAUGAGAAGUUCUGUGAAACCACCAUCGGUGCAAAAAAUGAGGCGAACGGCGUUAUCUUCAAAGAGCUGCUUCAAACUCCAAACUUCCGUAUCACCGUGGUACAGGAGAGUGAUACGGUGGAGCUGUGUGGAGCUCUAAAGAACAUCGUGGCAGUAGGUGCCGGAUUCUGCGACGGCCUCGGUUUCGGCGACAACACCAAGGCGGCGGUGAUCAGGCUGGGGCUGAUGGAGAUGGUCGCCUUCGCCAAGCUGUUCUGCAAAGGCGAAGUGAGCUCCACCACCUUCCUGGAGAGCUGUGGCGUCGCCGACCUCAUCACCACCUGCUACGGAGGACGGAACCGCAAGGUCGCCGAGGCCUUCGCCAAAACGUCCAAGUCUAUCGCUGAGCUGGAGGAAGAAAUGCUCAACGGCCAGAAGCUUCAGGGUCCACAGACCUCCGCUGAGGUCUACAAGCUUCUUCAGAAGAGGGACAUGGUCAACAAGUUUCCACUGUUUUCUGCAGUCUACCAGAUCUGCUUUGAGGGCAAAGAGGUGAAAGAGUUCAUCACAUGUCUGCAGAACCACCCAGAACACAUGUGAAGGUGUGCAGCCAUGUCCACUGCUGCCGCUGCUGCUGUAGCAUUUUACAACCACUAGAGGGUGACAGAGAUUCAUCAGACGGAAACGCACAAAACCGCAACAGAGAGCACUUUGACUUGAGAUUAUUUGUACUCUUGACAUUUCAUCAAGGAUAUAUAUUUUUUCGUAGCUUCAAAAGCGAUUUUUUAAAAUUUGAUUUUACUGUUAUUUUGUGAUGAUCUCUGUAAUAUUCAUUUGGAUCUUGUGCAGCUUAAAAUAUCAAUUAAAUUAUACGUAAAUAAGCUUUGACAUUUCUUCCAACUGUGGCAAGUAUUAAAAUAUAAACCUCCUGCUAAUGGACACUUAUUGGUUUUGUAUGGGUAAUUUGAUUUGCUUUUCACUACAAUUUGUUUACUAAAACUAAUGAUAGUCUUUUUUUAUCUUCCUGUGGAGUCGUUUUGUCAAUAAAAUGAAUACAUGAGAAUGCG